AUGACACAAAGACCUGGUCAAGUUGAAACUAAUGGAAUUAGAGUUGAGAAUAAAGGAAAUGAAUUACCUGGUGAUGUUAAAGAAAAUUGUAGAAACAGUAGUACAAGAAGUAAUGAAAAGCUUGAAGACUUCUCAAGAUAA